AUGCCCAUCAAAGAGCCCAAGAUAGGGUGCCGAUUCGUCGAGAUUCCCCGCGCUCUGCGCACCGUCUCUCAAGGCAGGACCCAGAAGAAGGGAGUUGAGAGGAAAGCCCUCGCUACCGAAGAGACGAGGGUACCUGGAGAGCCUGGCGACGUUCCUAUGGGUAACCCAGGCUUCGUUUCCCGCCUUGCCGGCUCAGCUUCCCAUUACGCUCUUUGA